AUGCGGCGUGGGCGCCCCGCGCUGAUUGGGCGAAAGGUGAAAAUAGGCGGGGCCGUCGGCGCGCGCGAGGAGGGGCAAGAAGGGGGGGGCGGCGACCCCCAUUGGGGGCGGGGCCUGGAGCACAUGGACAGUGCGGGACAGUGCAGGGACUGUACGCGCGGAGAACAGCGCACGUGGGGGACGCGGGAGCCACCACCACCACCACCGUCAGCAAUGCGCCAGCGCGACUUUGUUCCUCUGGAGUGCGAUGGCAGCGGCGACGACGACGAGGAGGAGGAGGACGAGGAGGAGGAGAGGAGGGGUGGCAGAGCGGUGGCGGUGGCCGGGCGGUGCCGUGCGUCGAGGGGCUCUGGCCGGGAUCCUGCGAGCGACACCAGCUACGUGGGGCUGCUCCGGGCUCAGCCGGGGGGUCCUGGGGGUACCCCGUGGUGCCGUAGGGCCUACGCGGAGGGGGUGCUCGGUCUGCACGAGGAGGUGCAGGACUUCUACGAGUAUUCGCAGCCGCGCCCUGAGGAGCAGAGGAUGAGGUCAGGGGUCGUCAAGCGAAUCAGUCACGUGGUUCUCCAGCUAUGGCCCACAGCCCAGGUCAAGGUUUUUGGGAGCUUCAGCACCGGACUCUACCUCCCCACCAGCGACAUCGACGUGGUGGUGUUUGGCCGCUGGGACGCGCUGCCCCUCUGGACGUUGGCCGAGGAGCUCGAGACUCACGGAGUCGCUGCACAGGGCUCAGUGCGAGUCCUCGAUAGAGCCACGGUGCCGAUCAUCAAGAUAAUGGACGCUCGCUCAGACGUGAAGGUGGACAUCAGCUUCAACAUGGAGAACGGCAUUCGCUCGGCCGAACUCACCCGCUCGUUCAUGCAGGCGUUCCCGGCCCUGCCGUACCUCGUGCUGGUGCUGAAGCAGUUCCUGCAGCAGCGGGAGCUCAACGAGGCCUUCACGGGAGGCGUCUCCUCAUACUGCCUCACGCUCAUGACCGUCAGCUUCCUGCAGCUUCACCCGCGGUCGGAGGGGGCUGCCCCGUCGGUGAACCUCGGGGUCCUGCUGCUCGAGUUCCUGGAGCUGUACGGGCGGCAGUUCAACUACGGGGCGGCUGGCAUCCGAGUGGGGGGCUCGGCGGGAGCGCGGAGGGGGGCCGGCGGCCGCUACGUGGGCAAGGGUGGCGCGCGGGCGGGGCCUGGCGCCUUCCGGCCAUCGCCGCUCCACAUCGAGGACCCCCUGACGCCCGGUAACGACGUGGGCCGAAGCUCAUUUGGAGCUCUCCACGUGCGACAGGCAUUCAGCUCGGCCUUCCUCACCCUGAGCCACGCCGUGAGUCCACUCGCUCACCACUACCGCUCCAGCCAGGGCUCGUUGUUGGGCCGCGUGGUGCGUGUGGCGGAGGAGGUGGUUCAGUACCGCGCCUGGAUCCAGCGACAGUGGGGACAGCUGAACAAGGUUGACACGGAGGAGGAGGAAGAGGUGGAGGUGGUGGACGAGGAGGAGGAGGAAGAGGUGGUGGAUGUGACCCCUAGUCCCAGGGUCGGAGUCUCUGCGUUGCAGAGAGCACAGGAUUGUGCGGCCACCUCCAACGCCGCCACCACCGCCUCCAACGCCACCGCCACCACCGCCUCCAACGCCACCACCGCCACCACCGCCUCCAACGCCACCACCGCCACCACCGCCUCCAACGCCACCGCCGGCGUCGCCACCUCUUCCCGUGUCCGGCCUCACGGCCCCGCCACACCGUCCCGCCGGCCGUCGUGGGUGGAGCCGAGGCCCUCGCGGCGAGAACGGCGCCGGCUACGAGAUGCGGCCCAAGCCCUCCAAGCGCCGCGGUCGGCGGCUCCGUCGGCUCCGUCGGCUCCGUCGGCGCCGCUGGCGCCGUCACCGCGGUCGUCUCUGUCGGCUCCGUCGCCACGGUCGGCUCCGUCGGCUCCGUCAGCUCCGUCGCCACGGUCAGCUCCGUCAGCUCCAUCAGCUCCGUCAGCUCCGUCGCCACGGUCAGCUCCGUCAGCUCCGUCGCCACGGUCAGCUCCGUCGCCACGGUCAGCUCCGUCAGCUCCGUCGCCACGGUCAGCUCCGUCAGCUCCGUCGCCACGGUCAGCUCCGUCGCCACGGUCAGCUCCGUCAGCUCCGUCAGCUCCGUCGCCACGGUCAGCUCCGUCGCCACGGUCAGCUCCGUCAGCUCCGUCAGCUCCGUCAGCUCCGUCGCCACGGUCGUCAGCUCCGUCGCCACGGUCGUCAGCUCCGUCGGCUCCGUCGCCGCGGUCGUCGGCUCCGCCGGGCGCUGCCGUGGAGGCCCAGCGGUGCAAGCGUGACCACCGAGGCCAUCGCCUACAGGGGCAGCCGCAGCAGCAGCAGCAGCGGGAGGGGGAGGGGAAGGGAGAGGACUUCCCCAGGAUGGGGGGGGGAGUGCGGGGGGGGAGAGAGUCACCUGGGGUCAACCCCGUUCAGCAAAGGUCAACUCGGGUCAACCCCCGUUCAACGACACUCAACUCUGGUCAACCCCCGUUCAACGACACUCAACUCUGGUCAACCCCCGCUCAACGACGGUCAACUCUGGUCAACCCCCGUUCAACGACACUCAACUCUGGUCAACCCCCGUUCAACGACACUCAACUCUGGUCAACCCCCGUUCAACAACACUCAACUCUGGUCAACCCCCGUUCAACGACACUCAACUCUGGUCAACCCCCGUUCAACGACACUCAACUCUGGUCAACCCCCGUUCAACGACACUCAACUCUGGUCAACCCCCGUUCAACGACACUCAACUCUGGUCAACCCCCGCUCAACGACACUCAACUCUGGUCAACCCCCCCUCAACGACGGUCAACUCUGGUCAACCCCCGUUCAACGACACUCAACUCUGGUCAACCCCCGCUCAACGACACUCAACUCUGGUCAACCCCCGCUCAACGACGGUCAACUCUGGUCAACCCCCGCUCAACGACACUCAACUCUGGUCAACCCCCGUUCAACGACACUCAACUCUGGUCAACCCCCGUUCAACGACACUCAACUCUGGUCAACCCCCGUUCAACGACACUCAACUCUGGUCAACCCCCGUUCAACAACACUCAACUCUGGUCAACCCCCGCUCAACGACACUCAACUCUGGUCAACCCCCGCUCAACGACACUCAACUCUGGUCAACCCCCCGCUCAACGACACUCAACUCUGGUCAACCCCCGUUCAACGACACUCAACUCUGGUCAACCCCCGCUCAACGACACUCAACACUGGUCAACCCCCGGUCAACGACACUCAACUCUGGUCAACCCCCGUUCAACGACACUCAACUCUGGUCAACCCCCGUUCAACGACACUCAACUCUGGUCAACCCCCGCUCAACGACACUCAACUCUGGUCAACCCCCGCUCAACGACACUCAACUCUGGUCAACCCCCGUUCAACGACACUCAACUCUGGUCAACCCCCGCUCAACGACACUCAACGCUGGUCAACCCCUGCUCAACGACACUCAACUCUGGUCAACCCCCGUUCAACGACACUCAACUCUGGUCAACCCCCGUUCAACGACUCUCAACUCUGGUCAACCCCCGUUCAACGACACUCAACUCUGGUCAACCCCCGUUCAACGAUGGUCAACUCUGGUCAACCCCCGUUCAACAACGGUCAACUCUGGUCAACCCCCGUUCAACGACACUCAACUCUGGUCAACCCCCGCUCAACGACACUCAACUCUGGUCAACCCCCGUUCAACGACACUCAACUCUGGUCAACCCCCGCUCAACGACACUCAACCCUGGUCAACCCCCGCUCAACGACACUCAACUCUGGUCAACCCCCGUUCAACGACACUCAACUCUGGUCAACCCCCGUUCAACGACACUCAACUCUGGUCAACCCCCGUUCAACGACACUCAACUCUGGUCAACCCCCGUUCAACAACAGUCAACUCUGGUCAACCCCCGUUCAACGACACUCAACUCUGGUCAACCCCCGCUCAACGACACUCAACUCUGGUCAACCCCCGUUCAACGACACUCAACUCUGGUCAACCCCCGCUCAACGACACUCAACUCUGGUCAACCCCCGUUCAACGACAGUCACCUUGGGUCAACUUGCGAUCUCCCGCAGUUACCCCGGGUGCAUCUCUGUGGAACUCAGCCCCAGUGCCAGGCAACUCGGUUUACCGGCUGGGCUCACGACAGCGGUUGCUGGGGAGUCGCGCGGAGUUGACGGGGAGGGUGGCGGAUACACGGGAUGUCGCGUGCCGGUUUUUUUUAGUUUUUUUCUGCGAAAAUUGUCACCCGGAUCAUUUGUUGACUUAAACAUGUCUCUGGGUGG